UCCACAAAUACAGUAACUCUUUAUAUUCGGACAGAGCCCGCAUGCAGGAUACCUUCCUGUUUUUUUCUUAGAUUUUUAAUGUGAAUGUGUAAUGUCUGUGAUGUCAGACUGUGAUUUUUCCUGCCAGUCUCCUCAGAAGAAUAGCAAGAAUGAUCUCUGUGAACGAUGUGAGGGUUUGGAGGAUGAAGGCAGGAGGCUGAAGAGAGAGAAGAACAGAGUCUCAGCCCAGAAGAGCCGGAAGAGGCAAAUACAGAGAGCUGACCUUCUGCAUGAGGCCUGCGAGCAGUUGGAGCAGAGGAACCGGAAGCUGAAGAAAGAGGUGGACUCUCUGCAUGAGGAGCAGCGCCUGCUGUCUGAGACUCUCAGGGCCCAUGAGCCCUUCUGUCCCAUCAUGCACUGCUCCUUUGCCUGCUCCACGUCGUCCGCCACGGCAGCACGCUGUGUCUGAGGCUACAAGUAAUGUUUCUGUCUGCAGUGAAGCAGAGAUCUUCAACAGGGGGCCCGGG